GUUUCUUUGUUGAAAGCUAGCAGAUUCAUCGCAAUUUUGAGUGUCUUGUCUGGCCAUUAGAACAGAAAUUAGAAGGUGCAACUUUUUUGCGAUUCGAUCUUCAGUUUUUAAACAAGGACUCUUAUCAAUUACAAUUUGUCGAUAGAAGAAGCACCUAGUAAAGGUGGCGACCUGGUCAGUCACAGAAAACCUCCCGUGCAGUAUCCAUGCUUGCGCCAAGUUGAGCCUCUGGUACCAGGAAAGGCGAAAUCUUUGCCGCCAUAUACAAGACGGACUAGUGUAUAUGCUUGCUGCGUGAAGGCGCCAAAGGAACGAGAACUAUUUUUUGACCGACGGCUAUGCGGAACGAGCGCUAUAAUCGACCCUUGGAAGUUCGUAUGCAAGGCGAAUAAACGACCGGUUGUACGGCGAGGAUAUUAGACGAAUCUCGAAAUAUCCGACGACGAAAAAACUUUUUUCGUUACUGUUGAAGUUCCUCGUCCUCUAGCAACGAGCUUUUCUUUGCUCCAUCCUGGUAGUCCAGCACCAACCCGCAUCCGCGUCGCUCAGCGAUACUACUGCUGCUCGUCGAAAAAACAACACUACCAGCCGAAAGUUGACACCCCAACCAAGAACUUUGAACUUUAGUUCUGCUACUACACAAGCAGGAGGAACGAACGAAAAUGAACAACCUAACACACGCGGCGAUCAUCAAGGAUAAGCUGUCCAACCUUGGGCACAAAAUCGCCCACAAGAUUGACAAUGCGGUACACUUUAUAACUUUUUCUCAACAAGAACACAGAAAGAAAUUAUGUCUAGUUUAACAAGAAACUGGAACUCGCAUUGAUGUCGUGACCCAUCACUGCACUAAGAACCCAUGAUCAAAGGUUGCGAAAAUGGUGGACGACCAAAUUCCCACAUUGGAGAAUCCGGUUAAGUACAAAGUUUGCCAUCGAGGUGGGGCCUUAGUCAGGGAAGGAUAUGACACGACGACGCCACAAGUAGCCCAAUUAAACUAUGGCGAGUCGAUUGUCAUCGUAGAGUUGGUGGGUCGAAGGGCAAGAAUGGUACAAAUUGAAAUUUUCUCUUCACUUCUGCUGGUUCACUCAGAUCACAUUGCGGUUUCGUUUGCGUACCUUGUGAUUUUGUAGUAAAACAAAAUCCUUCUCUUAAGUACACCAGCACUUUCAUCCAAGAAUGACAUCUUUUUAACGUCGUUCUCCAUGACAUCAGAUACAACCGGUGUAUGGAUGGGUCAGCUUGCGGACGAAAGAUGGGGUGAAGAUAUUGGAGCAAAAGCAUUCACUGGGCAAAGUUUCUGUCCGAAACGACAAAGGAUUCGAGAAGGCCUUCGAUGAGCGUUUCCAGAAGGUAGACCUACGAAAAAGUUGUAGAAUUUCUACGAGUUGUGUUUACUAUUAUACGACUCCGAAUUGUUCACAAUGAGUUGCAGCACCAGUCUUGAUUUAUUUGGAUUGUUGUCACUGAUUGAAGUCUUCCCCAGAUAGAACUCAUCUUAUCAUUAUCUAGAAUGAAGAAGAACACAUUGAAUAUCGUUGUCACCUAUCUGCAGUAGGUACGAUCGGGCCAGCUUGCGGAAGAGCACGAACGUCGGAAGCAAAUGGAGGAGCGUGAAGAGGAUCUAGAGCGCAUGCGCCAGAGGCAAGGAGGUGGCGGUGGACAGUCUAGUGGCGACUUUUUCUUAAGGCUUCUUCUAAUCCCUCUCCAGAAGCAUCUUGGUGGAGCUGUCCCACAGAUGAGGGGAAAGCAGCUUCAGGAUAGCUGAGUUUCAAGAUAAAUUAGGGUGAUUUCAUCUAAUUUUUGCGGACUUUGGAGGCGACGCUGAUUCCGGUGCAGGAGGACCAGUCGACCUGCUUGGCGGCCUAGAGGAGACAAGUCCGACUAAAAAGGUUGCACUGCUAGAAUUACGGCUCUUGAUAAUUCUUCUCCACUGGACUAGAGACUUCUUGUCUCAGUUCCCUUCUUGGAUUCGGAGACUAUCCUGUGAGCUUAAUAAAAGAUGAAUUAUCGCGGCGAGGGCUAAUAUGAGCGCCGCGUGUAGUCGGAGAUGCUCCGAUUCCACGACUAGGAGCUCCGGGAACGGAGCCAAUAGCGGCACCAGCGAAGAAAAAAGCAUCCUCACCAUGGGAUCAACCGUUCCAAUCCGGAGGCGCGACCGGGAGUGGCAGGUUUUAGUGAUCUCUGUUUCAUUCAAACAUAUAAAGAAGUAAAUCGCUGCACGAUUGUUUGAUAGUCCUUUACUGUGUGUCGUGAUCGCUGCACGAUUGUUUGAUAGUCCUUUACUGUGUGUCGUAAUCGCUGCACGAUUGCUUGAUAGUCCUUCGCUGCGUGUCGUGGCACAACACCGGAAUAUCAAGUACUUAGACAUGAUCAUAUUAUCGUUAAUUUUUUCACCAGGAAUUCAAAUUUAGCAUCUUACUUACAAAUUUCAGCUUCGCAACCUCGUCGGGUGGGGAAAUAGACCUUCUCGAUGGGGGACCAUCUAGUGGAGGGCCAUCUAGUGGAGGGGCCGACUUCUUUUCGUCGGGAGGCGGCAGCGCAGAUCUACUAUCUGGUAAGUUUGAAUCCAAUUUUUGUGUGCAUGACGAAGUCAUAGUUGUAGUGGUUUAUUCUCUACUUACAUAUUUUUAUGUCCACCGGUACCGGGUUUCUGUUCCCUGGAAUAAAAACAACAACAAAAAAUAUUGACCCUAAAAAUGAUCAUCCAUUUCAGGUGGGUCCGCAGGAGAGGUUCCUUUCUCUGACUUUGGCGCGGCUUCAGCCGCAGCACCACAGGGGGGAGCGGAUCUGUUAUUCGACUUUGGUGGGUCUGGCUCGGCUUCAAGUGGUGGCUUUGGAGGGGAAGCCUCUUCAGGGUUCGUCGCAGAUUUUGGCGACUUUUCUGGCAGUGCCACUUCAAGCACUUCUUUUGGUGGUGCGGGAGGAGACCCUUUUUCUGGAGUCAAUGCUAACGCCAAUGCUAAUAACACUGUAGACGACCUGCUUGGUGGCGGGGGAAGUAAUAACAAUGUUAUGAACUCCUGAAACUACUGAAAGAGACUUAAUGAUUUUGCCAUUUUAGAAGUAUCUGCGAUUCUCGUAGAAGAUUUGUGCUGAGCAUGCUUGUAUAAUUGGUAAAACUCGUUUUCCACAUUUGUGACAUAGUGCUUUCGGUCUUGUUUUCCUUAGACCAGUACAGGCUCUAAGAAGACGUCCGCAAGUGGUGGAGCAGACCUCUUUUUUGGCGCGCCGCAAGGGAUAAAGCAGAGUGGACCACCCGAUCUUCUUGGAGGCGAUGGCAGCGGAGGUUUUCCAGGUCCAAGCAUCAUUCUCACUGACAAAGAGGCUGAAGCGAAAAAGAAAGAAGAAAAGAGUAACGACAUAGAUCUAGACCUCUUUGGCUAAUAAAGGGUGUCUUGAAAUAUUGUUACUUUAAUAAAUAAAUAUUGUUCGUUCUUGAUGAUGAUCAUGUCCAUGUGAAAAUAAAUACGUAUGAUGGUAUGAUCUAUUGCAUUUUCCAACUGGCAGCAACCAAACAUUACAAGACUCUAAAUCACUUGAUGCAAGAACUCUGCAACUUUCAACCGAUUUUAUCAAGCGAAGCUAAGGUGCUCUUUGACAUCACGG